UUGCGCUUAUGAUAAGAAGAGUGCGUGACUAUUACAUACAUUCUUCGUAUCGAACAGACAAGAUUAAUAAAUUAAUAGUUAACACCGUGAUUUCGGAAUUGAUUGAUUAAUUGAGAAUCAUGGACCUGCUUGGCUCAAUUUUAAAUUCAAUGGACAAGCCACCGAGUGUGAGCGAUAAGCAGAAAGCAUUGAUGAAAAAGCAGCGAGAAGAAAUUGAGAAACGUCAAAUAGUGGAAGCGGAAAAACUGAAGGUGUUUAGAGAAAAGGUUGAAGAAAAGAUAAAUAAAUUUCUGCAAAAUGGUGCGGCUCGAGAAUGUAAAUUUCAACCUAUGGAACAGGUCUACAGAAGCAUUAUACACGAUGUUGCAGAAGUGGCCAAUGUAUUAGCAUAUUCUUUUGGGAUGGAGGGAAUCGAUAGAUAUAUAAUAAUAUUUAAAAGGGAAUAUGCUCCAACCGAAGACCACUUAAAUGCAUUGCGUAGAGGAGAAGAAUGGAAUGAGGAAAUAGCCAAGAGAUUAAACGAGGAAAGAGAGAGACAAGCUAAAGAAGAUGAGGAAGCAAACAAAUCUAGGAAGAGAAAACAAGAAUUUGUACCGAUAACCAAUUAUAAAGACAAGUAUAAGCAUCUGAUUGGAGAAGAAGCUGCCUUACAAGCAGCCAGAAAAACUGAAACUAAUCGUAGUUAUGGAUUUGUCCCAAGUGAAAACAAAAAAGAUCAGCGAAGUAUUGAGGAAACUCUAGCAGAUAUUCGUGCAAAAAAGAAGAAGACUGAAGAACCAGCAAAUCAAGCAUUGGAACCAGAAGAAGAAAAUGUCCCUGAAUGAUGGUAGCUUAGUUGAAUAAUUAUGUUGUAAAGUGAAAUUAAUUGCACUGCUAAACUGUAAAUAGGUAAUAAGUAUUUUUCUGUUCUAAUACAAUUAGUUAUCGUACAUUAGAUGAAUCACAAUCAUUCAUUGGCAUUGAAAUACUACGGAUAAACUACAGAGCUUUAUUCCGUUUCUUUCAAGAUGCCACAUGUGAUUAAUCAAGUCCCGAUUGCAAAGUAACCUGUGCACCAAUUUUGUACAGAGAUCGUCAUUAUCUUCUGACAAUGAUAUUAUUAAUCUACGUGUAGCUUGUUAUUUAAACAUAACACAUAUUAAUUUAUUACCUGAAUCCUAAAUAUAUUUACAUGGAAUGCACUCCAUAUUUAUUUUAAAUUCAAUUUAAUACGUGUUCAUCGGACAAACUUUAGUACUAUGCUUUAAUCGACACGAAACAAUAUUCAUUCAGCGUUAACAAUUGAAAAAAGAUGAGUUAGGUAAUGCUGUAUUAGUUUUAAAUUUGUAGAAUUAGUAUGCGAUUUAAAAAGUACUCUAGUUAUAUAGAAUACAUGAAAUAGGAGAAAUGUCAGCGACAGACUGAUUAGUGAAUAAGAAUAAUUUCGUUAAUUAUUCAUGUCCGAGAGUAUGUUCUUUAUUGCAUAAGUUCCUUCACACGUACAUGUAUUGUUACUCCAUAAAUUCGAAUGUUACUAAAGUUUGCAAAAAAUA